GCAGCAAUUACAGUUCAGUGCAAAGCCUUGGGAGGCUGAAGAGGACGGAGUAGAGAUAGUGCAAAGAAGGUUUUUUUUUAUGAGUCUGUUUUUGCAGCGCAGCCAUGAACGCGGACUCUCAAAAGGUCACUGUAUUUUUUGUCAUUACUUUUCUCCUCGUGGUCAACGCAUGGCUGCUUUUACAGCUCGCUUUUGGAUAAAGUCCAGACCUUUGACGGGACUUGGAUUGGAUGCUGUCCAUUAUUGAGGAUGACUUUAAACGGGUUUUGUUUAUUUUGACGGUGCAUGGAUUAUGUCUUGUAUUAGAGACGGGUCUACAGCUUCCUCUUUGAAAAAUAAGAUUGCAAUAACCUGCAGCAGUCUUAUUACGGACAUAAUGUUGGGAUUUGGGCUGUCAAAGAUGGUUCUUUGGUUUCUUUUUGAUGAUAAGUAACAAAUGGAAAUUCAUUUUUUAAAAGGCAGAAAGGAACCAAUUAGUUUGGACGUUAAAUUGACAUGUCAGUGCUUUUAUUUUGAAAGUCAACGCCGGAAAUAUGGGUCGUUUUCACUGAAUUUAUGACUAUUUUCCCAUUAUUUUUAGUCCAAUUUAAAGACAUUUAAGAAAACGUGGCUCCUAAAAGGUAUUUAGCUGUUAUUGCUGGUAUUUUACAUUACUGACACUGUUACUUGGUUGUGGUUUAUCCAGUAUUUGGAGCAUUUAAAGUCCUAAUAAGAACUGAUAACUGCACAUAAAUAAGGACUGCUGCUGUUCAGCCAUUCUUGUGUUAAAAUUUGACCAUUACGCCAAACUGGUCUUGUCUUUAACCCAGCAGUGAAAGCUUCCACCCUGUCCGGAGGAGCACGUACAGGAUGGUAGGUGGAUAAACAGAUAAAGACAGGCAGGUGCUUGUAAACACUUGCGCCGUCCUCUCUUCUGUGCAGCUCGGUGUUUACAGGCUGUAUAAUCUGUCAAACAGCGGUCAGAGUCAUGGCGACGUUAGCUGGGACUUGUUUGUGGUCACCGGGACUGGUAUAGUCCUACUGGACCGUUAAGGUUUUGUUGGACCGCCGAAGACAGCGCGCGACCUUGGGGGAGCUAUCAUGGAUUUGACGCGGCUGGCUGUAGAUGCUGGACAGUUCAUCAACCGUGCUGUUCAGGUAAAAUUAACCUUGAAAAUAACUGAGAAAUACUUUUAAUACACUGAAAAUAUGUUUUAUUGUUGUUUUUUUACUGAAUUAAACCGCGUAUGGUGGCGGUGUUAUAGUUAUUCUAUCGUCAUGUACUUCUGACAUCGACGUAAUUAACGUCCUUUACGUCAAUGUAACUCAAACCAGCUGGACCAGGGCGUCUUUUGUAAAAUAAUUAGACAUAUAAAUCUUUAUUUUAAUAGUGGUUAAAAUGAAAUUCUGCUCUAUACUUCUCCAGUACACGGGGGAGAGUCUUGGCCAGGCAGAAAAGACACAGUUGGAUCCGGAACUGGAGGAGCUUCUUGCCCGGGCAGACGCUACCAAGACCUGGACCGACCAGAUAAUCUCCCAGACUGAGGUUUUACUGCAACCGAGCCCAGGUAAGAGACUGUAUAUAUCUAUUUAAUGAUAUAACAUGGCCACUAAACUAAGUAAUUUCUUCUUAUUAUAAGGAGUCCUAGCAUUGACUCAUUGAAUAGGGGAGAGUGGGGUAAGUUGAGCCACCCCCUGUUGCUUGGAAAUGGUAAAAGAAAUAUGAGAUAUCUAUUAGUUAUUUGAUAUUUUUUGCACACGAAACUUCAGUAGUUGUCGUCCUCGUGUUGUGCCCUUCAUGUGCUUUGAAAUGCACUUUACUCAAUAAAACAAGCAGAUUUAUGUUAAAGAUUAGAGUCUUUAAAGUUUUUUCAAAGUAAAAAAAUAAUUUUCUUUGUUUGAAUUCUAUAAAAGUGGGUCGUGACUUAAGGACACGGCCCAUACACGGGGUAAGUUGACCAUAGGAGACCACUUCUUUUUGGCACGCUAUAUUAUCAAGACAGUCAUAGUUACACUCAUUCUGUUGGUUUGCAGGGAUGCACAACAUCUUGAAAUAUAUGCAGAUAUACUAGUUAGAGACAAAACUAUGAUUGCCUUGAUGUAGUGAUUGGAAAUAAAUGUUGACCUGUACAUAAUAAGAGGCUGAAAUGAAUGUCCUGAUAAACACACAGUCAUCCUCCUCUUGCCUGCCUCCAAUCAGUCUGUUUCGAGCAUACAAACAACCAGGCACUGCCCAUUAAGGCUGGCAUAAACCACUGAGUGACUCUGCUUCUUUUCCUCCGGGACGCAGUAUUACAGUUCUGUUUGCUUUAACUGUAAUGGUGUCUUCAAAUUAAAAGAGAUGGUUUUUCUUUUGCUUGUUAUAUUCUAUUACCUCUGCUAAUAUAAUCACAAGUGUAGGUGGUCUGUUCCCUGUAAAGCAGAGGAAGCAUUUAGCCGCCAGAAAUGAUAAUCUUCAGCGUUUAUUCAGCACCAAGGGUAUAUUUGCAGAUUAGGGGCUCUAUUUUGGUGCCUCGCCGGAGACGUGCCGCAAGCGCAGAGUCAAUCAGAUCCGCCGCGCUGACAAGGCGUUCCCAAGCACAUUUUGGUAUUUUGGUGAGCCGCGCAGCCCGGCGUAAGUAUACCCCCUCCCUAACUCAGCUCCUCCCGGCAGCAUAAAUCAUAGAAGGGGAGGAGAGAGGGCGUAUAGGGGUUUAACACAGCCGAGACCUGUUUUCACCAAUCACAUAAGCUCCUCUCCUUGCCUUUAAAUCCGCCACCGGCGAGGCGUAUUACUAUUUUCAUGAAGUAGUCAAAGAGAUCAAGAGAUGUCUGAAGACAGCUAUGCCACACGAUGGCGACAGAGGGCAGCUGCUCAACAAGUGUCCUCCACACUCUCUCAUCUGAGCACAGAUAGAUUUGGUGUGCGUAAUGUUGGACCCACUGGUAAGACAAACACCCUUUUCCACAAAAAAGACACUCACAUAAAGUUGCAUAUAUUCAAACCUCACGUGACAAAGGUGGGUUUAGCGCACAGAUCACAACAUAAACUCCAAAAAUGGCAUUAAAAUCGGAACCAUCUGUGCGUAAAUGACGCAUCGCGCUCCGUGGCCUGGCUCUUUCUUUCAUAGAUGUUGGCAUAUAAAAUAAAUUUGGCCCACAAAACUGAAUAUUAUAAUAUCCGUAUGUCGGCUUAAAGUAGAUAACGCAUCUGAGCACUGAAACAAAUCAUCUGUUCAGCCGCAGCAGCUGCAGCAAGACGGACAGAGGACACGGAGACGUGUCCAGGUCGAGCUGUGCGAGAAAUAAGAGGAAGAAAGAAAAGGAGGGAGACACAUUACAUAUCUUGUUAACUUCAUCAUGUGUGUUUAUUUACUAGAUAUUUAAUUUAAUUUGAUGCAGUUUCAGCUGUAUUGAUUCGGUCAGGUUGUGUGCCCAAACGCGUGCCAAACGCGUGCCAAACGCGCUCAUCAGAUCAGAUAUAGAUCAGAAUAUAUCGAUAUAGAUCUAAAUGUAUGUGCUGACUCAGAUUAAUAGUUGUUGAUGAUUAUUUAUUGCACUGAAAUGUGCCUGACACUGUGGAAACCUGCCGGUGAGGCAUCAGUGACGUAUGUCGAUACGCCGCCGGUCUACCAAAAUACUACAAGACCAGCUGCGUUCCGCCUUGCGCUGAAAGCUGACCAGGUUUGAAUCGGCGAGCUUUCAGCGCACGUUACACGCCGGUGGCGAGCACGAAAAUGUCACUGCGCCAGCUGAUUCUGUCAACACCUCCCCCUGCCACGCCACCACGCCCAGCUUGGCGGGUCUCGGCUCGCCUCCAUGCGACUCAGUCCACGAAAAUACCAAACUUGCCUUACGCUGGGCUCCGCCAGACGAAAAUACAACUGCGCGGGGCUCGCCGCCCUCCGCCGCCUCACCGGCGCGAACGAAAAUAGAGCCCUAUGUCUUGUUUAUAUAUGGCCAACGGGUAGUGGUCUCUCUUGAGAAUAAUUAUUGCUUACUUUAGGUGCGCUGUAAGAGCUUUUAGCAAAGAGCUGUGGUGUGCAAGCAGUUGCCUCUGUUUUGUUUCACAUUAUCUUUUAAAGUUUCUGUUUUCAGUGCUUGUCUUUGAAGAAUACAGUACUGAAUAAAAACAUCUUAAACCUGAGAUGAGCUUCUUUCUAUCCUCAAUGAACAGGAGCGCGGUUAGAAGACCGUCUGUAUGAGCAGCUGGAGUGGAGCGUCCCACCUCGACCUCGUGCUCAUGAGGUUCUGGGGGAUAUGAUGAUCCAGGCAGGGAUGGAGAUUGGAUCCAGCACCCCUUAUGGUGAUUAUUCAUUCAUGUGGAUUAUAGUAUUGUCAGUAAUUUGGGUAAGUCUGUGCUCUUUUCAGACGGCAGUGCUUUUAUGUGUUCAGGUACAGCUAUGCUCAAGUGUGGGGAGACUCAGAAGCAACUUGGCGAAGCAGAGCGGCAGUUUGUCCAAAGCACCAACAUCCACUUUCUCACCCCACUGAGAAGUUUCUCUGAAGGGGAGUAUAAAGCCAUACAGGUAGCACUCUUUUCACACACCUCAUCAAUGUCAUUGUUGGUCAGAAAUGUUGUAUCUUGAAUCCAUAAAAUAUAUCCUGAAAUUGAUUUACAAAGGAUUCAAAUAAAGAAAUGUUAAACCUGUCUUUACCGUGAACUGCCAUGUCAUUGUAGUACGGCAUAUAGGCGAUCAGCUUUAGGUGUUAUUGGAGCCCAGGUUGAUUUGGCCCUUAGCUUGUCUGUUUUUUUUUUUUUUGGGUCAGAUGUUUCUCUUCUUCCUCUUGACAGUACUUCACAGAACUUCUCAGGUCAAGCGAGUUGGCCGACCAUUUAAGCUCAAUAACAUCAUGGCCAGCAAACCGAUUAGUUGUAGUUUUGACACCUUGCAGGGUAGGGAAAUCAGCAUCUGCAUAAAGCUUGUCUAAAGAUGGAAGCAUGACAUGGACGUACAUCUCCUCUCCACUCCAAAUUUCUUGAAUUAUAAUCCUCUUAAGUCUGCAGUCUUCCCUGUUGUAUGUCACUUUUUUCCCUUUCAGCCAUCUUUCCAUUAAUGUGCUUUAACAGAGCUCUUUGUCAACAGCCAGCCUUUUAAGCCAUUAUUGUGUGUGGCUUACCCUCCAUAUAGACAGUGAAUAUUAUCGUCUUCUUGACAACUGUCAAGUCAGCAGUCUUUCAAUUGAUUGUGGUUGUAUUUUAUGAACCGAACCAAGAGAUGCAACAUAUUUAUUCUGUUGAAAAAGUACUUUACCUAAAGAAGAAAUUAAAUUUUCCAAUAUUUUGAGAGUUGUAUUUUUACAUGUUGGAGUUAAAGACCAUUAUCAUCAAAAUUUAAGUGUGUUGCAGAGAAACUAGAGGUGAAUUUUCCUGAUCUGAGAUGAAAAAAAUUGUCUGUUUCUGAUCGGACAUGGAAAAAAAAAUCAGGAAAUCAUCAGAAGUUUUGUGCAUGUUUGUGAGAGACUUGUCUGUAAUUAUGUUUCUAAUCUCUAUCUUUCUGUUCAUCUUGCUUCGACUAUUUCUGUACUGGACAUGAUUCAGAAGAAGUGUGAUUUUUGUCCUCUAGACUGAGCGCAGGAUGUUGUUGAACAAGCGUCUGGACUUGGAUAUAGCUAAUACCAGACUGAGGAAAGCUCAUGAAGCCGACAGAGAGGCCAGAGUGAGUUACGAUAUCUUGAGCUUUACUUAUUCAGAAACAUUAUAACUUGUGAACACAUUUAUCUCCCACUUCAAUCUAUUCAUCAUACCUUUGUUAAACCUUGCACAGCAUACAUAAUUGUAGUAUGAUCUCAUUCCUGCUCCUUGCUCUCCUGUGCCUCUGUCAGAACCUGAACGCAAACCCGCUGGACGAUGACUACAUAGCUCAUGUCUCCUACAUGUUCAGCUUUCUGCGGGUUAAAUGGCUGAAGGUCAGUGAGACUCAAGGUGACAUGGGACGCAGCUGAAAUUGUUGUUUUGUUCUUAUGAGUCAUUUGUCCUCCUUUGUCUCUCUCAUCUAAUCAGAUGUGGGCUCAGGAGAUCUCUCAGGUAAGUUUAUCUUUGCAUGCACACAGAAGCUGGUAUAAAUAUUUGUCAUGCUGCUGUAGAAGGAGACUACAGUUAUAGUAUUAAACAUGGUCCUGCUUGUUGCAGUAAUUGCUUUCUUUUACUCUUAAGCUGUUUAAGGAUUAAGUUUUUGCUGAUGAGAAAAUUUGAGAAAAUAAGAAAACAGUACACAGAAAGACCAGAAUAGAUGACUGUGUUUCGUUUGUGUGCUCAGGCAGAGAUGGAGCUGAGGAUUUGUCAGAGUCUGUUCGAUCGGCAGUCGGAAAUUACAAGAAGAGUUGUGGAAGGAAUCAGCAACACUCACGUAUGUCUACACAAACAAACACAGACUUUGGCGACCUUUUGUAUCAUUAAACCUGCGAUGUCUUAACCAUAAUACUGGCAGCUAUGGAUGGUGUCAACACUUGGUACCAUAAAGCGCCACAUUGAAACUGCACAGUGCUGAAGGUAAGGACACCCUUCAUGCACAAAGGUGUCUUACGCCUGGUUCACACUGGAAGCGCCGCGCACAGAGUUUCAGAUCGGCGCCCAUGUUAACCUAUGAGACUGUUCACACAGCUCGCGUGCGGCGCUUCCGCGCGCGGAACGGCUCGCGCUCUGGAGCGCGGCUGCUCCGCUUCUCUCUAUUUUUGGCGCGAGCCGCGCGUGCCGAUGUAAAGCUCAAUAGAGCAGAUCGGACCAGACAGGAAGUCAGGAAGGAGAUGCGAGAGAAUCCGGUCAAUUUUCAAAAUAAAGUAAAUUUCAAUAAAUUAGAAAAGGAUUUACGGUGUUGCUUGUUGGUCUAUUUUUUUACCGAUGAACACACACACACACACACACACACACACCACACACACACACACACACACACACGGAGGGAGAGCUGCAGAGAUUCAGUGAUGUUAUUGAGACAAAGGAGGGGGACUUUAUUACGAUACAGUCAAUAGCCUCGAGCUAACAAGGCUAUACAUACAACGGAGUCAACAGACUCCCCAAUUUAUUCGUCGUUUACCCCUAUAUAAUAAUUUUAAACAAUACUUGAAGAUGCUGCCAAUAUUUAAUUUAUGUAUGACGAAAUAAAAACGUAAAUAAAUAUUGAUAAACCCAUUUUUAAAGCGCUCGUAAGUGUGGAAAACUGAGGGCAGACGGAAACGGCCGAGCACUGCCGGGCUCAGUCGAUGUCUGACCGGCGUGUCAGAGCGCAGCAGAAAACACUUUCUGUGUGAACAGCCAAGCGCUUCCGUUCCGCGCGCGGCGCUUCCUGUGUGAACCAGGCGUUACACCUCCUACUCUGGAUGCCGCUCACAAACAGUGUCCUGCACUAUUGAUUUGUUUGUCAUUUCCCUGACAUUUUUGUCAUAUCGAUCUCUCAUUAUGUUUACCCAUCUCCUUUGUGUCAUUCUUGUAUAUUUGAUUGUUGUUGUUUUUUCCAGACCAAUCACAUGCGAACCUUGACUGACUUUGUUGAAGUUCAGGCCUGUUACUUUGACCAGUGCAGCCAACACGCUCAGGAGCUUCAAAAACAGCUAGCCAGGUAUGUUUGUGUCGUUCCAAACCCUUAAAUAUUUCAUCUUUGUAUAACUAUAUUGAUGUAGAAAGUCAGAUUUAGCUUUUUCUAGAGUAACAGAAAAAACAAAAUCUUAUUGUUCUCAAGUUCUGCCCUUUUUUUGGAUUUAAAAUGAUCAUUAAGUCAAAAUUUCAACUAUUUUCUGCUGAGUACUUCGAGAAAGCUUAGUUGUAUAGAAAUAGGCCCUUACAAUGUAAUAGAAUGCUGCUAGUGGACACAGGCCCUACAACUACAAACAGGUGUUGUUGUUUUUUUGUGUUAAAUUGAGAUUUUUAAAUCUUUAACUGAGGUGACAGACCUUGUUUUCUCAAAUACAAAGGGAAAAUUUAUGAAAAAACAAAAAAUUUAAAAACAUAUAUCCAGAAGCCAAAUAUCACUAUGCAAUGCAAAAUGGAAGUCGUUUUAUAUGCAGUUCUGUAACCUAUUUGGCAAAAGGCACCAAAUUUUACUACAAACAUGUAAUUUAAACACUCAGGACAUCUGGUCCCCUAUAAAACCCGAACCAACAGAGCAUAUCUUUCACAGUGAAUUCAUUUUUCUCAUUAACGGCUUGGUCAUGAGUGUCUUUCUGUUUGCAGCAUCCCAGCAGUCCUCUGCUCCAAUAACUGGCAGUCUGAGAUUAGUAAUGCAGGCCAUCAGCCAUCAACAAGCAAUCAUGUAGCUAAUGAGCCCGUCGGGUUAAAUCACAUCACUCCAAUUCCUGUAGAAGUACACCAAAUUCCAGACUUCGACCAGGACUCGUGGACAGUAAAUCCGCUAUCAGGAGCUGAAGGGACAACGACAGAAUCUUCUGCAAACACGCAGCCAUCUGAUCAGACCAACAAGAACAAUAACAACAACACUUUCUCGACGAAUGGCCAGACAUCCAGCCUGAGUGCAUCCGCCACCCAAGCAUCUGAUCACGGUGCUUCAAAUUCACAAAGGCCACCGACGGAUCAGAUCCCAGAACCCCCACAGGGCGAUGAAGCAACAGCUGAAACGACCGAUGGUGAUGAAUCCCAACCCUCUGAGCUCAGCGAAGCUUCAAACACAUCUCAAGCAGCGAACGCAGCGGGAAGUGAGAGCGUUACAACCAAUGGCACGGAUGUUGUGAACUUGGCUGCCAAUGGCGUAGAUCCCGAACCCGAGACAAUCAAUGAAACUACAAGCCAACCACCCAUCAGUAACGGGGAAGAUGUCCAGGAGUUAUAAUCAUUCAGUCAGGCUGUGGUUCAUUAGAGACGUGCCAGCUGGAGUGAAGCGUUGGCAGAUUAAGACCAGUUAGAAAAAACAUCCUAUGUGUGAAAACAGAGUCUGUAUUAGAAAGAAGUAGAUUAAGAAAACAGUCCUAGCUUGAUAUGUAUAAGAAAAAAAAGGUAAUUUAUUCCACAGGGUCAACUUUGUGAAGUGUAUGUAAAAGUUCUGAGAGUUUUAUAGUGCCACAAUGAUUUGCGCUUGUAGAAUUGAGUGUUAUCAGUAUCAGUCCCCUCUUGUGGCGAUGUACGUAAUGCUGACUCGUUAAUUCUUCCUAGCACCUGGCUGGGAGGUGAGCCUUCGCUGACUGUUACUAACCAAAUCUAAAACGUUUCAUUCAGCUACAUUGAGCUGAUGAGGCUUUGUGCCAACUGUAUGUGUGUAUUUUUGUGUUCGUAAGGGCAGAAAUUAACGUGCGAGUGUGUGUCUCAUAUGUAUGUUUACAGCUCACCUGUACCUAUAACGCUUGUGUGACUCCGCGCCGGCUUAAAGUUGAGGUCAUUUUUCCAUACGAAACAUGUCACUUACGUGUGUCGGGGAGCCCCGCGAGGUGACAGAAACGCCGAGCUGAACGGGAUCUUUAUUCCGCAGCAUGGUGAAGGACACGUUUCCUCAUACGUUCUCUGGGUGUUACCCUCCGCGCACAGUUAAAUCAUAAACUUACUUCUACCCUCUUACCCCCUUAAAGCCCCCGUUAGGUGAAAUGGAUAGAAGUUUCCAUGUCCAGAUGUUGUUCAUUUUCUCUGUCAGGGCAGCCCUGCUCGACUGUGGUGUGGGUCCACUCUGGGGACCUUUGAUGGAAACAAGCAUUAAUGUAGCACUAACCCUUCUGAUGAAAUCACAACCUGCUCUAUGUGCCACACUUGUGUCCCAGUACAGAAAGAUGUGUGUGUACAGACAGAAACACUUCACUAUUGUAGCUGCUGCCAGUUUUAUACUGAAAGAGAAAAAACAGUCAUAACUGAGUCAAAUGUUGUACGUUGAGCUGAUGUCACCACUGGUUGGACUUUUACUUUAUAUAUGUGGAAAUAAAUAUGCAAACAGUGAUUUCAUGUCAGCCUA